AUGGACGAGGAGGGCGCGGUGGAGAUCGAGGAGCUCUUCGCCCUGCUCAACCAAGGACAAGAAGCCGGCGGCCAGGGUGAAGGUCACGGGCCCAACGGAGAAGGCGCGGUUCGCGAUGGAAGUGACGCCUGCCCCGACCAGAACGUUCCAGCGAUCAACGAGGUGACGUCUUCUGGCAUGUUCGCGCUCGACGGACCGCCAGACGUCGCGGACGUGGAGAAGCUGCAGUUUGCCUGUGACGCUGUUGGUGAAGGUGCCGACGACGGCCGUGCGGGCCCGAGAGCGUGGGUCGGGUCCCUAGCCGGGGGGGUUCGGGGGCGUGGCGACGGUGGUUGUGAGCCAUACAUCCGGGUUUCGCGGGGGGGUGAGUUUACCGAUUCCUUUGAGGCGUCCUUCUUUGCCAGGACGUUCCCGACCCUGUUCCCAUUUGGCGUUGGGGACCAAGAGGCGGCCGCGGGAGACCCCGUAUCGUCUCGAAGCUUGAACCUUCAGGCGUGGGCCGAGAUCGUGCUCCGGCGCCAUGGUGGUCGAUUUGCACUGCACCACAUCUUCGCAUUUCUCGUCUUCAACAUGGGGGUGCGGUCGAGGAACCGCCGGGUCAGCAUGUUGAGUGUGGGGAGGAAGAACUUCCGCAAGGUAGAGCGCAUCGUGCGUUCGAUGACCACAGAAAGGCUAGCGGCGGCGAGGGUCGAGUUGGAGAGCUCGGGUAAGACGACCGAUGGUGACGUGAAGGAGCUUCUCAGGAGCCUCUCGCUUUACGGCCACCGGCAGCCCAUGUCGAGAGAGGUCCGUCUCAAUAUGCGGCGGAAAAUCCAGUCGCUCAUCGUCGGAUAUGGCGUGCCGGCCAUCUGGUUCACCAUCAACCCGAACGACAUUACGAACCCGGUGAAGCUGCGACUGGCGGCAUACCGCACACGCGAUCCCGACGCGGCCGAGGAGUUCUUAGAAGGCCUUGGGGAUGCGUAUAAGCGGGCACGGCUGGCGAUAUCGGAUCCCAUGAGCUCGGCCGUGUUCUUCCACCGCGAGAUGAAGCUGUUCUUCGAUCAUUACGUGAAGGUCGGUGAAGACUCGAUGCUUGCCGACAUCCACGGGGAGGAUCAGGCGGCGUAUCGCGAGCGAAUCGUCCGAUACAUCGAUAGCGUCUUCUCAGAGGAUCUGGACCAGGAAAGUUUUUGCGCCGUGCAAGCGGAGCGAUCUGUGACGGGCGGUAUUGGUUCCCUGCUGGACAACGCCGCGCAGUUCUCGGCCGCGUUUAUCGAGGAGGCCAACUUCUGUGCCGGCGCGACGCAGGAGGGCGGAAAGGGACCUCUGCCGGUUCAAGGCGCCAUGGAGAUCCGGAGGACACACAGCAUGGUCAAUCGAUGGAACGAGGCUAUUGCUGUCGGGCUCCGGCACAACCAUGAUAUUUCCUUCAUUGCGACGCAGCGCAAGACAAUGGCCCUCAUCUAUUAUGUCACGAACUACGCGACCAAGGUGGAGGACCCGGUGUGGAAGCGUGUGGCGGCCGCGGCCGAGCUCCUGGCCGCCUCAACAGGGAACAGGACGCGACAGUUCCUGAUGAGAGUGGCGAACCGCGUGUUCACGGAGCGUCCGCUAUCACAGGUCGAGGUCGUCGCUCACCUUCUCGGAUAUCCGGCCGAGUUCACCGACAGCAGCGCGUGGGCGUACCUGAACUGUUCUCUGCUGUACUGGGAAGUCUUUCGGCGAUGGCGGCAUCUCCGAGAAGCCAGUGGCGCUGCGGCUACGGAUGACACCUUGGAUGAGUCGGUGCUCAGGCGGCCGGGCAAGCACGCUACCGCCUGCCUCGACGGCUACCUGAGCAAGGACUUCACCUACGAUGACGAGUCGUGCUACCGGAGGGCAGCCGUGCAGCAUCUUGCGCUGUUCGUGCCGUGGGAGUCCUUCCUGGGCGAAGGAACAGGUGAGAUCAACAGCAUCUGGGCGCGGGCUCGAGACGCUAUGGCCCCGAGAAUAUCACGUCUCGUCGACAACGUGCAGCUGCUUCGACGAUCCGCCGAAGACGCAAAACGCGACGCCAAGCAAUGGGCAGCCUCGUCCGGCGAUGGCGACCCGACGGUCGCACACGUCGAGGAGGGUGGAGCAGGCGAGGCGGGCGCGGAGUCUGCAGCGACAUAUCAGCCCAACAGCAUCGGAGACGCAACGCGGCUCAUCGACGUCGUCCGAGGUGCAGUGGGAGCGAAUCAGGUGACGGCCAAGUCGCCGGAGCUCAUGGCAAUGAUACAGCAGCUCUGUCGGUUUCAGCAAUCGGCGCUGCGCUCGACGGCCGAGCUCGAGGCCACGGCGCUGAUCGAACGAGGAGAGGCGGUUAAGCAUGCCAGGGCGGGUAUUUUCGGGGCCGCACUACCGCCGCAGGAUCAGGUCAAGGCUAUCAAGUCGCAGCAGGUAAGUGCCUCGAAGGAGGGAGAGGAUGAUCCAAGGGAUACAAAGCACGCCCGCCGCCUGGGAAAGCGAUCGCCGCGCAGCGUUGCGAAGGGGGCGGGAAUGGACGUUCAGUUUGGCCCAUCAACCUCCUCCCUCGCGGCGGGCAAGGUGUUGGCAACACGGCUGACGCUGAACAAGAGGCAGUCCAUCGCUUUUCUGAUAAUAUGCCGCCAGCUCGAUUUGAUGCAGCAGACCGACGGGGGCGAUGCCUGCCAGCUGCGCCAGUUCGUUGGUGGCGAGGGCGGUACCGGCAAGUCGCGAAUCAUCGAGGCACUCGUCGAGCUGUUCAGUAAAAAGAGCCUUUCGAAUCGUCUGCUGAUCACGGCGACGUCGGGGACUGCGGCGGCGCGGAUCAACGGCAUCACGAUCCACUCCGCCUGCGGGUUCACUAAAGACCAAGGGGCGGGGGGCGCGAACAUGGUCAAAGACCUUGACGGGGUGCGGCUGCCGAAACAGGCGGAGCGGUUCAUCCACGGCCAGUCUCGAAUGGAUUGGCAGGAGAAGGAUGUGCUCGUCAUCGACGAGGUGAGCAUGCUCGGGGCGCGGACGCUGCACGCCGUGAACGAGCGGCUUCGCCGGCUUCGCGGAUCGCGGCAAGAUUUCGGGGGGAUCCCCAUCGUCCUCUUCUGCGGAGAUUUUCAGCAGUUCCGGCCGGUCCAAGAGAGGUCGAUCGUCCUGCCUAGCGCGGCCAUCUCGUGGGACGUAGACAACUCGUUCAAGGCCGAGCAGCGUCACCAGCACGACAAAGCGCACGCACUGUGGAAGAGGUUCACGACGGUCGUCAUGCUGGACGAGCAGAUGCGCGCCGCCGGCGACCCGGAGCUGCAGAGGCUGCUGAAGCGGAUCCGUCUAGGCGUGCAGGAUCGGACGGAUCUAAACCUCCUCAACUCAAGGUGCUACCGAGAUCGGAAGGCGGAUCCCUUGGAGACGGGCAUCACCGUGGUGACGCCGCUCAAUAGGAAUCGGUGGAACCUGAACAUGGAGGCGAGCCUGGCGUUCCGGGUCCAGCAGCGGUCGACGAUGCGCAUUUUCAUCUCCGAGCACAAGUGGAAGGAGGAGCUGCCGACGGAGGAAGAGGCGAUCAUGAUACUCAACCAGGGCGACGAUAGCGCGAUCCCGGUGCCGGCCGUCUUCAUGUUCGUGGCCGGGAUGCCCAUCGUCGUGAACCACAACACCCACCAGGGGCUGAAGCUAGUGAACGGCGCGAGCUACUCGGCGGUGGAGGUCAUUGCCUGCUUGAAGGCCAAUUUCUCCAAGUGUUCAGCGUCCUACCUUCAGCAGCUGAAGCGCGGUCUGUCGAAAUCCGAAGUCGAAUACCUGUGUGUUAGUAUUGUUGAAGGUUAG